AUGGACACUUCAACCUUUUCCCUCCCGCGGGACGCUUCUAUCCACCUCGACAUCGACAUGGCGACCACGCUGACUUCGGCCCGGGCACAGGCCACGGCCGCGUUCCUGAGCGCGCCGUGGAUGUUCGCCACGAGACAGACGUACGACAAGGAGACGAACCCGGAUGGUGUGAUUUCUUUUGCGCUGGCUGAGAAUAAACUAGCUGUUCAAGAUGUACGGGAUUUUGUCAAUCGCAAUGUCACAUUCGAGGUCAACGACUUCAACUACGGCACCACCGAUCGCUUUCCCAGGGCGCUCGCGGCGCAUCUCACAGAGUACCUGCAUCCAUUCCUGCCCAUUGAGCCCGAGCACAUUCGCGCAACCAGCUCGUGCACUGCGCUGCACGACAUGCUCGCCUGGGCCGUCGCCGACCCCGGCGACGCCAUCCUUCUCAACAGGCCCAUCUACGGCCGCUUCGAACUCGACUUUACCAACCGCGAGAAAGUCAAGAUCCUGUAUGCCGACACGGACGCCGAGACGUGCCUGCAAGUGAGCGCCCUUCAAAAGUACGAGGAAGCCCUCGCCGAGGCCGCUGCGUCCGGCAUCAACGUGCGAGCCAUUCUCAUCGUCAACCCCAACAACCCACUCGGCCAAUGCUACCACCGAGACACGCUUGUCGAGCUCAUGAAGCUCUGCCAGCGGCACCAGAUCCACCUCAUCAGCGACGAAGUCUACGCCUGCUCCGUCUUUCCCUCCGACGAGCCCGCUGCCACGCCCUUCACCUCCAUGCUGUCCAUUGAUCCGAGGGGGCUCAUCGACGCCGAUCUGCUGCACGUCGAGUACGGCUUCGCCAAGGACUUUGCCGCCGGCGGGCUCAAGCUCGGUGCCCUCGUCAGCCGGAGCCGGCCCGUGCUGCGCGCCCUCGACACUUUAAUGCGCUUCCACACGCCGUCGGGCGCAGUCCUUAACAUGGCCUGCGCGCUGCUCGAGGACCGCGUGUGGUGCCGCGCGUAUAUUGACCGUAUGCGCGCGCGCAUCAAGGACGCGCACGCCCAUGUGGCGGCGCAGCUGCGUGCCGCGGGCAUACCGUUCCUACCGGGCUCCAACGCGGGCUUCUUUGUGUGGAUUGAUCUGUCGGCAUACCUGCCGACGGAGCUCGAUGGCGAGGAGAAUGCCGACUUUGCGUUGACGAAAAAGGCCCUGGCCAAGGGCGUAUUUGUGCAGCCCAGGGAGGAGCACGCCAACAAGCCUGGCUGGUUCCGGCUCGUGUAUACCCAAGACCCAGAGAUUAUCACAGAGGGCAUCAAAAGACUCAAGAGCGCGAUAAUGUGA